AUGAGGUGUGGCUCUGCUUUUCGGGAAGCAGACCAGCAAGGGUGCCUUCCUUUACAUGAAGCUGCAGCACAACCCAACAAGAAUAUUCUAGAAAUAACUCUGAAAGGUAGAAGGAUCUCCCUUCAGCUUUGUUCUCAAGUCAGCUUUGUAUGCUCACUUGGUGCCAAAGCCAUGUGUCUCUCCUGAUUAUCUUUCAGCUUCACACCCCGUGGUGUGGCAACUGACAAACCUGAAAGGGGAAACACCUCUGUUUGUAGCAGUGGACAAAUGUCUUGAGAAAAACGUCAAAUUUCUCCUCAUCAAUGGUUUUAAUCCUGAUGUGAAGAAUGAAGAAGGAGAUUCUGCUUUAAUUAUUGGUAAAUCAAAUUGCAGAGUUUCAUGUAGUGAUUUUUUUGGAUGCUUUUUGUGUUUUUAAAAUAAUGUGAGUGUAUCAAACCUUUUUCUCAUUUUGAGAAAGACUCGGGGGACAAUUGUCUAUUUCAGUACUGGUCAAAUGGCAGACCUGAAUUUGACUCAUUCCGCUGCCUUGUCUUACCUUUUCCCCUCUCUGAGCCGUGCUGGGACUAGGGGAGGAGUCCAAGCUAUAGACAGCGGUGGCAGGGUUGAGGUUUGUGACUGAGGGACAGCACUCAGAUCACCUUGCGCUUUCUUAUUUCCCCUUUUGUUUGCAGGGCAUCUAGGUGUGCUGCAAAGCUCUGUGCCAUGGAGACCCAGCCAUACACCAUUUUAAGUUGCCCAGAGGCCCUCUGUACCUUUAUGAAAGGGUGUGCUUUGGAUAGGAAGCUGCCAUUGGCCCACACAGUAUUGUCAACACUCACCUGGGUUUCAGGAAGGAAUCUUUCCCAGCCCCACCGGGAGGUCCCUGGAAUUGAACCUGAGACCUUUUACAAAUAAAGCAUGUGCUUCUCCCCAUACCUUGAUCAGCUAAGAUCAAGCAACGCUUUCUGCUUCCCUCUUUGGUUGCACCCCAUUCAAAGGGAGGCCCACCAUGAACCGGAAGGAGUUCGGGAGGAGUUUCUUCAAUCUCUGAAAAACCCAGCACAAGACUGUCAAUAUUAGUUGCAUUUUGCUAAAUUUGGGACUGAACACAAAGCCUGAUUCUAAGUUUAGCCCCUUGCAGUGCUACAUGACCUUUAUUGCUGCAUAUAAAUAGCAUGAGGCAGCCAAGCAAUGGUUUCUCCUGUCUUGGUUUCACAAGAGAGGGAAGCUUUUGGAUUUGAUGUCUUUUUCAUUAAACGUGUAAAAUGCUGCUCUUUCUUAACAUUUUACAGCAAUUAAACACAAUUCGUACGAAAUUGUCUCCUUGCUGAUACAAUUUGGUGCCGAUGUCAAUCUCCAGUGUGUCAACAAGAGGACAGCUUUACAUGAGGCGGCCAGGCUAGGCUUCAAAAACAUGGUGGAGCUUUUGCUUUGGUCUAAAGCAGAUCCGGAUCCACGGAGUGCAUAUGGACUCACCCCUCUAGCACUGGCAGCGCAGAAUGGGCAUACAGAAAUUCUGGAAAUUCUAUUGCGUAAAGGUGAGGACUUUCAUGCAAUUACUUGGAAGUUCAGUGGUGCACCUAAGGCUAGUUUUUUUGGUAACUGCCAGAGCAGUCCUGUGAUAGAAUACUGUUCUAACUAAGGGAACACAGGUAUAGAAUUUAAAAUACUCUGUACGGAGUGGAUGGCAGAGAUUUUUGACCAGGCAUAUACAGUACAUAUAUGUUUUUUCUCUCGGUCUUUGAAUGCUCAUUCACAGCAGCCAACCCAUAAUGAUCUGUUGAUAGCAAAUCUUAAGGAGCCAAUGCUGAUGGAGAGGUGUAUACACUGGGAGUUUUGCAAAACUUUGCUGGGUGAGCAAAGUAAGAAAGACCUUUGCUAAAAAGUGCUCAUUCAGCAUUCUCAGUUGGUAUAUCUGGCAAGCAUCUCCAACACACAUUUAUGUUUUGUGUUCACGGAUACCAAUUCAGCUACUACAAAAAAGGAGCCAAGAGACAUAAAACAUAAGGUAGAUAUUACAUUACAGUGAGCAUUGAAACAUUGGAAUGAAACUCAGUGUAUAUAUUCAGGACAUGAUUGAAAGUUCAAAGGUCACUGUGGCUCCUGAGUGUGGGAAUUUUGUAGAUGGCCCAUUCUGGGUGUGGUUGCAUUUGCAUUGAAGGAAGAGGUUUCUAGUUUGGGGAUACUAGUGGCAAGUUGAUUCUUUAGCUCCAUCAUACCUUCAGAACAUGGAUGUAAGGCAUAAAGGACAAAGAAAGGAUGGAUAAGGUUUUAGAGGCAUCAGGAAGCAGAAUGGGAACUGAGACUGUAGUAGCAAUUUGAUGUUAUGUGUGUGGAUGUGAAGAAAGAGACCUCCUAGUUUGUGAAUGUGUUGCUCCACUUUUGCCUACAAGAGCCCUUUAUUCAGGACUGGUCCUGUUGCAGUGUAAUACUGAUCCCAUUUCUCAAAGUUGUUGCAAAAAAACCCCAACUUAUUCCAGCACAACUCUUUCUGAAAGAACUAGAAUUCACAUUAAGGCAGUCUGGGGUGCUAUAAUGAGGGUGCUAAGUACUAUUGCACUAAAUCUCUGUUGCUCUUCCUCCCUUAGGUGCCAAUGUUCUUUCCCAGGCAUCUGAUUGUGCAUCCAUAUUAUUUGAAGCUGCUGGAGGAGGAAAUCCGGAUUGUGUCUCUCUUCUUCUAGAGUAUGGAGCUGAUGCUAAUGUACCAAAGCAUUCAGGUCACCUGCCCAUUCACAGAGCUGCUUAUAGAGGACACCUCUUGUGAGUUAUGAAAGCCAACAGGUUAUACAAUUGGGAUGGAGGUGGGUGGGUGGGGUUAGUGGAGUUAGUCAUAUUCCCAGGGCAUGUCAACACUGCCUUACAGGUCGGCUCUCUCCCAAAAUCUGCCUUGUGACAUAACUAUUUGCGGGAGAUGAGCAGGGCAAUUAUUUAUCAUAUACGCAUCUGCAAGUUUGAUGUAAACAACCUGAUCCAAACCUGAAAUGAUGGUGAUAAUAAUGAUGAAAAUAAUAAUAAUAAUAAUAAUAAUAAUAAUAAUAAUAAUUUGUACCCUGCCCAUCUGGCUGGGUUUCCCCAGCCACUCUGGGCGGCUUCCACAGAAACCAAAAAAUACACUAAAAUAUCACACAUUAAAAACUUCCCUGAACAGGGCUGCCUUAAGAUGUCUUCUGAAUGUCAGGUAGUUGUUUAUCGCUUUGACAUCUGAUGGGAGGGCGUUCCACAGGGCGGGCGCCACUACCGAGGCCCUCUGCCUGGUUCCCUGUAGCUUUGCUUCUCGCAAUGAGGGAACAGCCAGAAGGCCCUCGGCGCUGGACCUCAGCGUCCGGGCAGAAUGAUGGGGGUGGAUACGCUCCUUCAGGUAUACUGGGCUAAGGCCGUUUAAGGCUUUAAAGGUCAACACCAGCACUUUGAAUUGUGCUCGGAAACGUGCUGGGAGCCAAUGUAGGUCUUUCAAGACCGGUGUUAUGUGGUCUCGGCGGCCGCCCCCAGUCACCAGUCUAGCUGCCACAUUCUGGAUUAGUUGUAGUUUCCGGGUCACCUUCAAAGGUAGCCCCACGUAGAGUGCAUUGCAGUAGUCCAAGCGGGAGAUAACUAGAGCAUGCACCACUCUGGCGAGACAGUCCACGGGCAGGUAGGGUCUCAGCCUGAGUACCAGGUGGAGUUGGUAGACAGCUGCCCUGGAUACAGAAUUAACCUGUGCCUCCAUGGACAGCUGUGAGUCCAAAAUGACUCCCAGUAUUUAUACCCCGCCCAUCUGGCUGGGUUUCCCCAGCCACUCUUGGCAGCUUACAGCAUACAUAAUAAUAUGUCAAACAUUAAAAACUGCCAGAUACAGGGCUGCCUUCAGAUGUCUUCUAAAAGUUAUGUAGUUCUGAAGGGAGAACGUUCCAAAGGGAGAGUGCCACUACCGAGAAGGCCAUCUGCCUGGUUCCCUGUAACUUCUCUUCUUGCAGUGAGGGAACCAGCAGAGGGCCCUUGAAGCUGGACCUCUGUGUCCGGGCUGAGCAAUGGGGGUGGAGACUGUCCUUCAGGUAUACUGGGCCAAAGCCGUUUAGGGCUUUAAAGGUCAGCACCAACACUUUGAUUUGGGCUUGAAAACGUACUGGGAGCCAGUGAAGAUACUUUAGGACCAGUGUUCAAUGGUCCCAGCAGCCACUCCCAGUCACCAGUCUAGCUGCCACAUUCUGGAUUAGUUGUAGUUUCCAGGUCACCUUCAAAGGUAGCCCCACGUAGAUCGCAUUGCAGUAGUCCAAGCGGAAGAUAACCAGAGCAUGCACUGCUCUGGUGAGAUAGUCCGUGGGCAGGUAGUGUCUCUGUGCAGUCCUCCAUGCAGGUUCUGCACUUGCGCAGAACCCUUGUACAGAAGCUUCUAGGGCUAACUCAGUAAAUGUUUUGGGUGCAAAGGUCUACCAAUUCAACUGAAAUGCAUUCCUGAGCAGACAAGAUCAGCAACAUCCCACUCAUUUCUUUUCUUUCCAGCAAUACCACAGCAACAUUUGGACCUUUCUCCUUUCCUUGUGUUGUUGUUGUUUAGUUGUUUAGUCGUGUCCGACUCUUUGUGACCCCAUGGACCAGAGCACACCAGCUUUCCUUGUAGCUACAAACUAAAGCUUCCUUCCUUCCUUCCUUCCUUCCUUCCUUCCUUCCUUCCUCUCUCUCUCUCUCUCUCUCUCUCACUCAUAUGUUUCCUUAAUUUGCAGUUUUAUUUUUGAUAUAUUUAUGCAUUUUCUUUUUCCUCUUGGGAUCUUUGUCUGCCCAUGUGCCUAUGGCACUACGUUACAUCUUUUGAAAAGUGCUGAAGUCGUAGGGACAAACUCCCAACACAUGCAGCUACAACCUCUCCUCUUUUGCCUGAGUGAGGAGCAACAAAUGACCUGUUGUCCUCAUUGUCAAAAAUUCAUCAAGCUAGAGCUUUCUCAAAGAAUAUUUUGAUUUGAUUUGUUUUGCUCCCUAGAGUUGUACAGAUCUUGGUUCCAGUGACGGACAGUGCUGCCAUCAAGGAGAGUGGAAUCAGUCCAGUUCACUCUGCAGCUGCAGGCGGACAUCCUCAGUGCCUUGAGUUCCUUCUCAAAUCUGGAUUUGAUGCCAAUUUUAUGUUGCAUCAGAGAAUUCGCAAAGGCUAUGACGAUGAGAGGAGGUCAGCCUUGUAUUUUGCUGUCUCUAAUGGGGAUAUUGACUCUGUUCAGUUGCUCCUGGAUGCUGGAGCCCUACCAAACCAAGACCCAGUUAACUGUCUCCAGCUGGCCUUGAGAAUGGGCAACUACGAGCUCAUUGGUAUCCUGCUUCGCCAUGGGGCCAAUGUGAACUAUUUCUGUAGGGUUAAUACAACACAUUUCCCAUCAGCUUUGCAGUACACGUUGAAAGAUGAAGUAAUGUUAAGGAUGUUGCUGAAUUAUGGGUACAAUGUUCACCGCUGCUUCGAUUGUCCUCAUGGAGCCAGUGUGCAUUCCCAGUACAUAUUUGAAGGGUGGACCUCAACUGUUAUCAAAGACACAAUGGUGAGUGCUUCUGAUGGGAGGGAGGACUGCUUACAUUUGCACCAUCUUCUGAUUUGCCCCUACAACACCCAUCAGGCUAUUUCCCCCCAGCUGGGCUCCAGAACUGUGAGUCUGCAUAUGACUGGAUAUUGUCACAGUGGAAGAAAUAAGCACUCUGUGUAUUAGCAUUUCAAGGCAAAUAAGGAGCCUGAUAAAUGGGACCGCAAAAUCAAAUGCUACCCUUAAGAUGGCACUCCUUAGAGUAAAUGGCUAGUACUUGGUUAUCCUGUGUGCAAAUGGUGUUAUUUUUUUCUGAACUGAAUUUGCUGUAUGGCUGGUUUGCUUUGCUGCAGUUUUGGCCAGGGCUUUACUGGGUUGAGUCCUCUGGGGGACUUUAAUAAUGCAAAAUGCUGAAUGAACUGGUCUCAAAUGCUCUUAUUUUUUCUCUUAGUUCUGUGAGGUGAUAACAGUAGCGUGGUUAAAGCACCUGUCCGGGAAAGUGGUGCGCGUGAUGCUAGAUUAUGUUGAUCAUGUCAAGAUCUGCUCUAAGCUUCAAGUUGUACUUCAAGAACAGAAACUCUGGCCGGAAAUCCAUGAAAUUUUGAGUAAGUGUCAAAUACAUUUUAGCAUCUUGAGAAAUGUGAUAUUCAAAUACGAGGAACAGAGCAUGUUGCCCUCAAAUUACCAGUUGCAUCACAUUUGAGGGUGCAAACUUGUCCUUGCAAGGGCCUCCCAGAAUCCCUAGAUCAGACCUAUUCUUCCAACAUUCAAGGCAUAGGAGCUCCAACACUGGAGCCUCCCUUUCUGCAGCAACCUUGGUCCAACCAAUGUCAGUGCUCUGAAGUCAGCAGCCUCCAAAGGGAUGUGGCAGGCAGUGGUUGGAGCCAAUGGGAGGAAAUGUAAUGGCAAGGUUGGGUAGGGAUGUAGCAGUGCAACGUUUGUAUUUCAUUCACCACCACCCUUAGAAGCUUAAAAUAUCAUUAAAACAAUUGCUGGAUAUGGGUACAAAGAUCCACCAGGUUUGGUUUUGAUAAAUGUGACUCAAAGCCACAAUACUCAAUGUAAUUGUUGUGGGUCAUACUGACAUCACCCAUGUCUCUAUGAAGUCACCUAGACUGCCUAUAAUAAACCCUUCACUGUAUUGUAAGGAGAGAGACAUGUACACUUGUGUUAUCCAGACUUCUGGAUAGAAGAUGACUUGUCGGCAUGGUGCACAUGUCAAGGUAAGCCGGGAGCAAACCUUGGCUACAGAUCGUGCUUAAGGAGGAAAGCGUUUAACCACAAUCUUGCAUUCAUUCACGUUAAUCCAAACCUUUGCUUAGCUGCUGAACCACACUAAGCUAAAAGGACUAGGGAGGAUCAAAAGUGUUGUGAUCUCUUUCUCAGCAGCCACCAAGUUCAUGUUAAGCCAUGGUUUGGCUUAGCAUUAUGUGCAAAUGUCGACAUUGUGGACCAACAACCUCUCCAACUGACUGAGCAGAGCAGAAAAAUCCUAAGGGUGCAUCAUUUCUAAGCCCCUUUGUGUCUGCCAGGACAAAAAGAGUGGAUAUGGGAUGAUUUUCUGUUUUCUAUCUUGCCUAUUUGGCUUUAAAGGGGGGCGGGGAUCCUUCCACUGAGAAGGAAAAUAACUUUGCAAGUUCCCAGGUUGGCACACUUUUUUGGCCUAUCUAGGGGGAUGGUGGGGGAACAAGGCACGCUGCCAAUGGAUCACUAAUGCACUGCAUAAGUGAUACAGUAAGGUGUGUAUUCAAAUGCUGAAUACAUGAUUUAUAUCCUACUCAGCACACUGUGUACUUGCAAGAGUCAAUCCACAAUGGGAUGGCUGAGCUGACACCUGCUUUUCUGCUUUGAUUGAUCAAGGCCCUGGACCAGUUGCCACAGCUCACAAUUUGCAAAGGUUUCAAUAGGACAGAGGCUACACAUGACCAAAAAAAAGUUUGAUGUAAUAAAAGUAUUAGCCUUUUUUAUAUCACACUUUGCAGUGUUCAAAGUGUUUCCAAUUACUUCUCCAUUCAGCCUGAGAGCUUUUUCCUAUCCAUGCAGAACAAUCUGUUUACUCAAGUGUAAUUCGCACUGUGUUCAAUGGCCCUUACUCCUUGGUAAGUAGGCAUAGGUUUGCAGCUUGAGAGUAUUACAGUUCUUCCUAUCUUGAGAGCCAUUUAUCUCAUCAGAUGUUGUUCACAACUCUGGGAAGCAAAUAAGUCAUAUUUUUAAAAAAUAUUUUAAAAAUAUUAAAUAUUUUUUAAAAAUAGGAAAGACAGUGAUUUAUGCAAGGUCGUGCUUAUAGAUAUCAUUGGCUGUCCUGUGAUUUAAUCCUGGGUACCCACUCCCACCAGAUCAAGAAGUUUCAAAAGCAGGCCUAAUGAUGAAUGCAUGUUUUCGCCUCCUCCAGCAAACACCCGUUCUCUGCAACAUCUUUGUCGUCUGAAGAUCCGCAAGUGCUUAGGACGCUUGCGUCUACGCUGCCCUGUCUUCCUUACAUUUCUGCGAUUACCAAACCGUUUGAAAGACUACAUUCUCUAUAAGGAAUAUGAUCUCUAUGGACAAGGAAACCUCAAAGGAAUUUACUAAUGCAGGUAUAUAUAGAGUUGUAUUGGGAGGGGGUCCUAUACGUAAUUCUGUGCAUGUUUAAGUUGUAGCUAUUGGAGUCCUUCUGUUUGUGAAAGAGUUGAUUUAGCCCAAGUAUGUGGCAGCACAGAGACCACAAAGAACGAAGCUUAAGUAAUGCAAAGUACUGCAGUUUCUUCCCCUUUUACAUCUCUGGAUGUCAAACAUCCCAAGGUAUAGAGACUGAUCCGCUCAUUCUUUGCAAAUUACGUAUAAAGCAGAUGGAUUAAUAAAACCCCAGUCACAUCAGGAGGGACAUGGUUUCAGUUUCUCCAAUCUAACCACACUAAAAUAAAAUUUUUUAAAAAAUAUAUAUAAGCUCUUACAAACAAUAAGAGCAUGUUUCUUGUUCUAUUGGAAAUAAAUAAAGACAUUAUUCCAGCUGUUAACUUUUUUUAUUAAGUACAAUAAAUGAUCUCUGACUAUAUUAAAUAUAUGAAUAAGAUUCCUGAAUGACUGACAGACUUAAAAUACAUUUGACAAAAUUUCAGGAUCUUUUUAAUUUUUUUGGAUAACAUGAUGAUGGUGAUGACCUUUGAGGGAGCAAUUGCAAACAAAAUAUAUUUUACAUAAUCAUUACAGAAAACCAUCUUCUAAAAUUGACUGGACUUUGCCAAGGUCCUUCCCAGAUAGGUUUAUUAGUAUCUAGAUUUCAGUCUGCAGUUGACAAUACCAACUUGACAAUCACUGGAUAUUAUUAACAAGUAUUCAGGCAAACUGUAUUAGAUUCUUAAAACAUUGCAAAAAAUCACAAUCACUAGAACAGGACCAAACCAUUACAUUACUGUAAGAAUUUGACCAUCCACUACAUUAUAAAAGUCACCCAUAAUAAUUAUACAAGCUGCUUUGCUUGCAUAUAAACCUCACUAUAGAUCAUUGUUCCUUCAGUUGUGUGCUGGUUUAUUCUUUCUACCCGCUUACAGCACAUGAUCUUAGUCUACUGGUUGCAAAUUCAAUUUUGCAGAGCAAGGAGUACUCACAUAAGGAUCUUUAAAAAAGAGAUGUCCAGGAAUAGUAAUUAAAAAAUUAAUCUUCACCAAACUUGGGUGUUAGUGCUUUUUUUUUUUUUUUGGCAGAGAACACAAGUGAGAAUGCUGAUCUGAUUUAUUUUUUUUUAACCUCAGAUUCACAUGCAAACAAUUAAAAGGAAUGCAUUUCAAUUACAGCAUGUUAGGGAAGAGAAGGACAUGCAAAAAUAUUUUUCAUUUUGCUAUAUUUCUGGGUAACACAGAAAAGCACAUCUUAGGAAGCUCACUUCUCACAAACAUUUAAUAAUCUUCCUUUCUUCAAUUUUUGGCCUUGAAACAUUGAUCAUUCUAGUUUACAAAACUGAAGUAUAAAAGAUAUAAUAAAGCAAUUGUGCUCACUGUGGAGUUUAGCUGUUCUGCUCCUUGACAGCACAAUCCUAUGCAUUUUUACUCAAAAUUAAGUCCCACUUGAAAUGUGGUAGCUUACUCAAAGACCUAAUAUGACAAUGGAGGGUGGAACUGUUUCACUCUUUAUUUCAAAAAUAAAAGGGAAAGUUUGCUUCAUGACAUUACCGUACACACUAGAAUCUUCCAAUAUGAACAUGUUCUGGGUAGGAAACCUCAUUUUUAACAUACAAUUUGAAGUGUGGCACUGGUGAGUUAUGCAUCAUGACCACACUGACAAAAUUGCCAGAUUUUUAGAUACAGCGAUCAUGUCUAAUAGUAAAACUAAUGCAGGAAAUAGAAUGAACUUGCACAGUGAUCAGAUUUUUUUUCAUGCCAGCUAGCAUCCAAAGGCAAGAAAUGCAUAAAAAUUCAAGCAACUAGAUUUCUGUGCUCUUUCUCCUGGCCAGUCCAGUUCCUGCCAAUUGUGUCUAGCCAAUUGUGCUCUUAGUCUCCAUUUGUUUCUCAAAAAUUGGAAAAAUAAAAUACAAUGGUCAGUAAUGUGCUGGUUUUUUGCCCACUAUCCAUCUCUAGAAGCAGAACCAGUGGAUAUGCUCCCAGUUCCAUGGCUGAAGGAUCUUAUGCAUGCUUCCCUUCUCCCCAAAUAUUCCUCACUGCUUGCACUCUGGAAGCUCCAGGAAGAAAAGGCACAACCGAUUCUUGGCCUGGACCCUUGGGCCUUGCCACCUCAGCCAGAUCUACUGUUACAGGACCCAGUAUUACAAGAAGAACCAGGGCGGUUGAGACAGCAUGGUGCUUGA